AUGAAGUUCAUUGUAGCGACUGGCGCUUCAUUGACGAGAUCUACGCCUCCGGCAGUAGAAAACGAGACAAGCCUUUGCAUCAAGUCCGAGGAAGUGGAGGGCAAGUUCCCCGUUAUUGUCGACGCUACUUUUUCGACCACAAGCCAUGAUCUUCAUCGGAUGAGACGAAACGCCUUGAACAAGUUCUUUUCCCGUGCACAAGUUGCGCGACUGGAGCCAACAGUUCGCGACUAUGCCGAGCGCAUUUGUGACAAAAUCCUGAUCCUGGGCAAGUCAGCGCCCUUUGAUGUCACUACGGCAUAUAGCCAUUUUACCACCGAUGUCAUCUCCGGCUACUGUCUCGGUGACAGCCUUGGGUUGAUCGAGCAGAAGGGGUGGGAGCCCAACUUCCGCGAGCCAUUGAUCACUCGACGAUUCUCAAAGGAUAUGAACACGCUCUUCAAUGCGUUAGUGGGGGAUAUGCCGAGAUAUGUGAGGAGAGCACAAGACAAUGUGAUCAAGGGUCUCGACGAUGGCUCAUCAGUCUUUGGUGCUCUCUUGACCUCAGAUCUUCCACCAAGCGAGAAAUCCCUCGAGCGUUUGACGGAUGAGGGAUUCUCAUUGUUUGCAGCCGGGACGGAAACCGUCAGUUGGGCAUUAUCCGUCAUCACUUAUCAUCUCUUUGCAAACCGUGAGCUGCUGGAAAAGGUCACCACAGAGGUAACACAGGCCAUCGACGGCAAAUCUGGACAACUUCCCUCUUGGCACACGCUGGAAAAGUUGCCCUACCUGGGAGGUGUCAUCUACGAAGGUUUACGUCUAUCCUAUGGCGUUGCCAGUCGUUCUUCUCGCAUCCCAGUUGGAGAAGACUUGGUGUAUCGUGGCGAAUGGGCACCGAAGGGAAGUAACAUCAUGCGCGAAUUUCAAUACGUGAUACCAAGGGGUUAUGCAAUCGGGAUUCUUGCUUACUGCGAGCUCUAUGUGCUGCUUUCAUUGCUCAUUGUUCGCGUCUUCCCGCAUAUGAAGCUUCACGAAACCACAGAGGCCGAUGUGACGCACGACCACGACUUCUUCAAUCCUUUCCCGGUUUCGAGCAGCAAGGGUGUAAGGGCCAUCAUUGUAUAG